AUGAAAAUGACGGAAAUGAACGCGGUCAACACGCAGAGCAUUGCCGACUAUUUGGCGCAAUUGCUCAAAGACCGCAAACAAAUCACCGCGUUUCCAAAUAUGUUCAUGCACGUCGAACGGCUUAUCGACGAAGAAAUAACCAAAGUCCGGGCCAGCCUGUUCGAAGUGAACGGCGUGAAGAAGGAACCGUUGGUGCUGCCGGAACCAGACGGCGCGCCCGUCACCAUUACCGAAAAAGUGUUCGUGCCAGUUAAGGACCAUCCGGAGUUCAACUUUGUCGGAAGAAUAUUGGGCCCACGAGGUAUGACUGCCAAACAAUUGGAAUUGGAGACCGGAUGCAAGAUUAUGGUUCGAGGAAAGGGUUCAAUGCGGGAUAAGAAAAAGGAGGAACAAAACAGAGGUAAACCCAACUGGGAACAUUUGAGCGAAGAGCUCCAUGUUUUGAUAUCCGUUGAAGACACUGAAAACCGGGCUAAGCUCAAGUUGAAGAGAGCCAUUGAUGAAGUGAAAAGGCUUCUUGUACCUGCUGAUGGAGAAGAUGAAUUGAAGAAACGCCAACUGAUGGAACUUGCUAUCAUCAACGGUACAUAUAGGGACUCAAACGCUAAAGCCUUAGCCGCAGCAGCUUGCGAUGAGGAAUGGCGAAGGAUGGCUGUUGCAGCAGCUGCUGAGACACAGCGACUUUUGUCGCCACAUGGCAUGGGUGGCCUAGCCACAACUUUACGACCACAGACCGCCACGCCUUUAACGGCACCACUUAUAUUAUCGCCUCGUAUCCCGACUGCCAUUACUACCAGUGGUGGAAAUCCUGGUGCACCCCAGCUUUUGUCUCCUGCUGAACAUCAUCAUCAUGCUGCAGCAGCAGCAGCUGCAGCUGGUCUUAUAUAUACGCCAUAUGCCGAUUAUGCCAACUAUGCAUUGGCAGGAUCACCAUUGAUCACAGAAUACACUCCUGCCGAUCACUCGGCAGGUGCAGCAGCCGCGGUUGCGGCGGCGGCUCAGGUCGCCAAACAAAGAAGGCAUUUGAGUCAGAUCAGGGAUCAUCCGUAUCAGAGGGUUGGCACUUCGAUUGUCAAUUAA